CGUUUCCGUUAGGAGUAAAACAUUACCAUAUUUAUUAAAGCUUUUUAACCCAACCCUAAGCCUAUGGAGUGAUCCAAAGAAAAUGAUAACCAAAAUUCCUGCCCUAGAUCUCUAAUUUCAUUUCUCCCUUCCUUUCAUUUCUUAAUCCAUGAACCUCCGAUUCUUCUUCUCUCCCUUCCCAUGGCGCUGAAUUUUGAAUUCUUCGCCCUCCACUCCCUCGAUUCCAUCUUCAACUUCUCCUAAAUCAUCUUCAAUCUUUACGCUUCUCUUUCUUCUUCUUCCUCCUCCUCUUUUUCCCCCUUCCCGGAUGGAACCUCGCGUCGGCAAUAAGUUUCGCCUUGGCCGGAAGAUCGGUAGCGGCUCCUUCGGGGAGAUCUAUCUUGGUACUAAUAUACAGACGAACGAAGAGGUUGCAAUUAAACUCGAAAAUGUCAAGACGAAGCAUCCUCAGUUGCUUUACGAGUCUAAGUUGUACAGAAUUCUUCAGGGAGGAACUGGGAUACCUAAUGUAAGAUGGUUUGGAGUCGAGGGAGACUACAAUGUUCUUGUAAUGGAUUUGCUUGGUCCCAGCCUUGAAGAUCUUUUUAACUUCUGUAGCAGAAAGCUUUCUUUGAAGACAGUUCUUAUGCUUGCAGACCAAAUGAUCAAUCGUGUUGAGUUUGUCCAUUCUAAAUCCUUUCUACAUCGAGAUAUUAAGCCGGACAAUUUUCUGAUGGGGCUUGGAAGGCGUGCAAAUCAGGUUUACAUCAUUGAUUUUGGUCUUGCUAAGAAGUACAGAGAUAGUUCUACCCAUCAACACAUUCCCUACAGAGAAAACAAGAACUUGACUGGGACUGCAAGAUAUGCUAGCAUGAACACCCAUCUUGGGAUAGAGCAAAGUCGAAGGGAUGAUUUGGAGUCCCUUGGUUAUGUCCUCAUGUAUUUCUUAAGAGGAAGUCUUCCUUGGCAGGGACUGAAAGCAGGCACUAAAAAACAGAAGUACGAGAAAAUUAGUGAGAAAAAAGUUUCUACAUCCAUUGAGGCAUUAUGCCGUGGAUAUCCAUCAGAGUUUGCAUCAUACUUCCAUUACUGCCGAUCACUACGUUUCGAUGAUAAGCCAGAUUAUGCUUAUCUGAAAAGAAUAUUUCGUGAUCUAUUUAUUCGUGAAGGUUUCCAGUUUGAUUAUGUGUUUGACUGGACCAUUUUAAAGUAUCAGCAGUCACAGCUGGCCACUCCUCCAACACGUGCCCUGGGAGCCGGUGCUGGAACCAGUUCUGGAAUUCCUCCUGGUAUUGCAAAUCCUGAUAGACAGACAGGUGGAGAGGAAGCACAACUAGCUGGGAUGUCUUUGAUGGAUUCAUCUCGGCGGAGGGCAUCCGGUUUGGCUAUGAACUCGACUUUUGCCAAACAGAAGAGCCCAAUUGCCAAUGAUGCUGCAGCAGUUCCUAAGGACGGUGUGUUUUCAGGGCCUAAUAUUGUGGGACGAUCAAGUGGAUCAUCAAGACGUGCCGCAGUCUCGAGCAGCCGGGACCCAUAUGUGGGAAGCGAAUUGGAUCCACACCGAUCAAGAACUAGGGAUGCUAGUCCUGGGGCACUGCACAAGAGCAUGAGUGCACAAAGGAGCCCACCAGUCGGACCUGCGGAUCCAAAGAGGAGCGCUUCUGGAAGGCACACAGGACAUGGACAUGUAAAGAACUACGACUCUGCGUUGAAAGGAAUUGAAGGACUUCAGUUGGAGAACGACGAGAGGGUGCAUUAUUAAAAGUAAAAAGCUCACUUUGUACAAGAAUUUUUCUUCCGGUGUGGGACAACACUCGUGCAAUUUGCCGCUCUAGAAUUUUGGAGGAUUUUCUUCUCCUUUCAUUUCAAAGGGGUGUGGUGAUUUGGGAACAUACUCCAAUUUAUGAUUCCUUAAGACAACAAACAAACCCACAAAAGUCUUUUAUUUGGGAUUUGUUAUUGUAAAGUCCUUCACAAAUUCGUCCCACUAUUUAACAUACAUUUUACCAUCCACAUGUCUUCUCCCUUUGUCCCACUAGAAAAAACCGUGAAACCUUGUGAAUUUGCUUCUUAUAUUAAAACGUAAAUUUGCCCCAUGUA